AUGAACAGCUCCCCCAUCAGCGGUGCAAACACACGCUCGUGUGAGCAUGAGUCAGAUGCAGUAGUGCGGUUGGAAGAACAGACAAAGAAGCUGCAUAAAGACAUGAAGAAAAGCACAGAGGCUGAUUUAGCAAUGUCUAAAGCAGCAGUGAAGAUCUCAGGGGACUUGUUGAGCAAUCCUUUGUGUGAGCAGGAUCUGGCUUUCCUUGAAUCCAUGACUGCUUUGGAUACAGCCAUGAAGAGAAUGGAUGCGUUCAAUCAGGAGAAGGUCAAUCAGAUUCAGAAGACCGUGAUCGACCCUUUGAAAAAGUACAGCAGUGUGUUUCCCAGUCUGAACAUGGCGGUAAAACGCAGGGAACAGGCUCUUCAAGAUUAUAAGAGACUCCAGUCUAAAGUGGAGAAAUAUGAAGAAAAAGAGAAGACGGGGCCCAUCAUGGUUAAACUCCAUCAGGCCAGGGAAGAACUGAAGCCCGUCAGAGAAGACUUUGAAGCCAAGAACAACCAGCUAUUGGACGAGUUGCCCAAGUUCUACAACAGCCGCAUCGACUACUUUCAGCCCAGCUUUGAGGCUCUGAUACGAGCUCAGGUGGCCUAUUUUACCGAGACGCACAAUAUCUUCACUGAACUGACGGAUCAGAUUGACCAGGGCGCUCUGACAGAUGAACAGCGAAAGCAAGAGAACGAGGCCAAACUGAACGAGUUGCGCGCGCUGUCCAUCGUGGCCGACGACUGAGACACAAAACGUCUUACUCCGUUUUAAUGAAGUCACGUCAACAUUUAUUUAUUCGUUUUUUUGUUGAUAAUGUAGAAGUCUUGUUUUGUAUAUCUUUGACAGAUGAAGCCAUCAGAAAACACUAAUGAUACUGUAAAACGUUUUAAACGUGUUCAGAUUCUCAUAUAAGCAUGUAAUUUCGUUUCGUUUGUUACUUUUUGCUAAUCAAACCUUCCCGUGUUUAAUUUUUCUGUUCUUGUCAGUUCUUUUUGUCAUUACGGUCACUACAACUGACCAACGAUUGCAUUUCUAACAGAUCAUUUACAUGUUAAUCUUAAAGCUUUCCCAUUCACCAGAGGCCAAAUUCAUAUUCAAGUUAUAAUAUGCUAAAACUUCGUUUUCUAUACACAAUGAACAUUUCAUUUGCUGUCGGUAGUUCAAACACUACAAUAGUAUGUUCUUCAGCUUUUUAAAAGUAUCUUCAGAAAAGAAUGUAACGCGAAUAGUGCAGAGAAUUGUUGAUGAUUGAUAUCUUGGAAAUAUGUUACAGUACAGUCCGUUAACAGAAAUCAUGUUAGCCUUAGUUUCUAGAGACCAGCGCUGAUUUGGAUUCUGUGAUGUACUACAUGCAUUUAAAUGAUACUCUGCCUCCCUCUACUGACACACGUGAAACAUGUAUUCUUUUUUAUCUGACCUGUGUUUGUGUUCACUGUGUUUGUAAUGAAGGAAAGACCGGUUUAUUUACCAGUAGUCUUACAGCCAUAUUACACAAGGGACGAUUUUUUAAGCCACACAUUUUCAUCUCAAUGUCAACAUUGUGAAGAGCAUCAGUUGCUGACAAUCACUAGUGUUUUGAAACUGGAAGAGCCUCGAUUGUACAGAUUAUUGGUUGAGUUUGACUAUAUUUCAAUUGGAUUAUUAAUGUGCCUUGUUAGAUAUUAACCUGAAUUCAGUGCAAGUCUACCAAGAAACUGAAUGUAAGCAUUACACAGUGUUUUCACAUUCCUGCUUUGCUUCUGAAAUAAUCUAAAACAUUGUUUCUAAGACUCUGGACCACAGCCUUAUGAUUUCCAAAAAUGUGUGCAUUAUGCAUCUUUCAAUUUCUCAAAUAGUUUUCCUUUAAACAAACUGUUUGCGGUUGUUUGUCAAACAUUCUUACAGUAAAUUGGUUGUGGACGUUCACCGUUUGUCUCCUGAUUUUAUGAUGUUGCAGUCUGGGCAGGAUUGGGAUUCACUUGGGAAUGAACCAGUUAAGUAUUUUUGUAAGCAACAGCUCAGCGCACUAAAGCACAAAGUUUCCUGAGUGACAUCCACGUGAAAUGAUCAGAUCUGCAGUUCAAACAACAACUGUGAUUUUAUAGAUUGUGUCCGUUAGAGCUGUGAUUGGUAUACAAAGGAAAAUCUGUAAUAAGGCAUUGUCUUUAUUCUUCUGUCAAUAAAAUGAAGUAAAAUACA